UCAGUAGGACUAUGGAGGAGCUGGUUCACGAUCUAGUCUCAGCACUGGAAGAAAGUUCAGAACAAGCCAGAGGAGGUUUUGCUGAUACUGGAGAUCAUUCUCGAAGUGUGUCGUGUCUUCUAAAGCGACAGGCAAGGAAAAGGAGGGGACGAAAAAGACGAUCAUUUACCACUCAUCAUCCUUGGGAGACUGGUCACUGCUUAAGUGAAGGUUCUGAUUCCAGUUUAGAAGAAUCAAACAAAGACUACAGGGAGAAUCAUGCUAGUAAGAAAGACCACAGUGACUCUGAUGACCAGUUGUUGGUUGCUAAACGUAGGCCUUCCUCAAACUUAAAUAACAUUAGAGGCAAAAGACCUCUGUGGCACGAACCAGAUUUAGCUGUUGACAGUUUGGGAAACAGGACUUUGCGCAGGAGAAGAAAGGUAAAACGAAUGGCAAUAGAUCUGCCGUCAGAAGUCUCUAAUGCACUGACAAUAACACAACAGCAGGAUAACAGCAGAGAUCAAGAAAUGGAUAAUAACAAUAAAUCAUACCAACACCAAGAGUUUUCCAAGAGCAAAGUGAAAAAAAGAAAAGUAGCCGCAACACGACAAGGACCAGAAGUCUUGGAUGAAGGAGUAGUUAUAGAAAAUGAAGAAGUGAACCAAGCAAAUAAGGACAAAAUGGAGUACGAGGAGCAAAAAGGCUCAGAUGAAAACAUGAGUGACAGUGAAUCCAGCAGUCUGAGCAGCAGUGAUGCUGGUUUGUUUACCAAUGAUGAGGGAAGACAAGGUGAUGAUGAGCAGAGUGAUUGGUUUCACGAAAAUGAAUCUGGUGGAGCGUGUGGAAUUACAGGGGUCAUUCCAUGGUGGGAACAAGAAGACUCUACAGAACUGGAGAGAGAAUUGCCUGAUCCAGUCUUUGAAAGUAUCUUAACUGGUACUUUCCCUCUUAUGUCCCGUUCAGGGCGGAGAGGUUUCCAGAGUAGAUUUAGUCAUCUUCAUGGAAUGCCAGCAAGAAACAUAAAAAAGGCUUCAGGAAACUCGAAUGCAUUGAUAACUCCAGGACCAGGCAGUAGCAGGAAAACAGUUCACUUGUCCCAGGAUUCUCUUCACCAUGACCACUGGUUUAGCCCUGGGGCUAGGAAGGAACAUAGCCAGCUUCAACUGUUGCGAGACAACAGAUCAGAGAGAGGACACAAGAAGAACAGCUCCGUAAAAACAGCUAGCAGGCAAACCAGUGUACAUUUAGGAUCACUGUGCAUGGGAGACAUCAAACGGAGAAGGAAAGCUGCUCCCCUGCCAGGACCCACAGGGUUUGUAGGUGAAAACACCCAACCAAUCCCAGAAAACAACAUUGGAAACAGAAUGCUGCAGAGUAUGGGCUGGACCCCUGGCACAGGCCUUGGACCAGACGGCAAAGGGAUAGCGGAGCCAAUACGAGCCAUCCAGAGACCAAAGGGACUCGGACUUGGAUUUAGCUGACAGAAAUGCACUCUGGCUGCACAAUAAAAAUAAAGCUCAAAAUUAAUUUAAAAAGACAAGAAAAACAUUUUUAAAUGGCAAACAUAUUAUUUGUUGUGAUCAGCAAAUCCAGUUAUUCUUCUCUCAAAGAUCACUGAAGUCAGUGUGCUUCACAUUAGCCACACCAGCUGCAAGGUACAGCCACAGUGACAGAACCGGCAUUCGAGUCUAACUUUAUAAUGGUGCUAAAAUGUACAAAAACUUCUACUUUUUUAUUUUCUGUGGUCUUAAAGUUUGUAUUAAAAGCAUAAAAUUCAGUAUAUUCACUUUUUUUCUUAAAAGCUUCUGACACAGCAGGUUUUAGUAUAUAAGCAAAUUUUUUUUUGUAAGUAUAAUUUCAUCUCGAGAGUCUUGAUAAGAUUUGUCGAGGAAAAUGGAACUUCUUACAGCUAUUGCUUUCUCCCCUUUUUCAGGAAAGUUUCCAAACCUGGUAUUUCUAGUGUUUAACAAUAUUUGAGUAUAAGCUGUCAUUUUGCCCAUAAGAUAUACACGUUUCCCACUGGAAGGUGAUAUGGUAUGCAAUUUUGUAUAAGAGCGUGAAAAAUGGCUUUGUUGUCAUAGGAAUGCCAUUCCAACACCAUUAUCGGGCAAUGUAUCACUGUCUUCCACAUUCAAGCUCAAAAGUAAACCUUUUAUACUUGUUUUUACAUUUACAGGAUUAUCUUUUUUCAGCAAAUAUUUUAAAAAGUUAAAGUUUAUUCUGACUUUGGAUUUCCCUUUAUAUUAAUAAUCCUCAGUGUUUCCACGUUUAAGAAUAGUUUGAGCUUUGAACAAGGAAAUUGUAUUUUAAAGAUGACUGUCUUUCAGUGUUUAUAUUCUGGGUUUGGCAUAUUUUAAACAAUGCAGUGUUCAACAUCAUGUUAUCAUCUGGUUUGUGAUUGUGCUGCUGCCAAUGAGCCACAACCUCUAAGGAUCAUGAACAGAAAAAGGGCAAGGAGAAGCAGGAUUAGGGUGGAGGAAAGGAAGGAAAAAGAUACUUUGAUGUCAUCUCGCAAAUCUAAGCUAGCAAUUUAAAAUCAAGAGGGAUCAUUAAGUGUUUUAAUCAGUAUCCUAAUGUAUCUAAUGUCAGCAGAAGCAAUUUCAUUAAGCACCAACCAAUCAAGCUCCUAGGGUACUUAUUGGUCUGCAGUAUAAAACAAAUUUCACUUUAAAAAUAAAUGAUAAGGCUGAAGGAAACUGUUGUUCAGAUGGACUAAGGAGAAAAUCCUGCCCCCCCUCCUGCUCUACUACCCGGGUAGUAGCUGGCAAUAUUUACCCUGACUGCAGAGGGAACAGGAUUUGAUUCUCCAGUCUUUUUUUCUUCAAGAGGAGGAUCUCUCCCUUCCUCUGCCUCAAACUGCAGAGAAAAAUACUUACUUGCAGAUGCUUGCAAAGAUAUUUCUUUAGAACAGAAAGAGCACAGCUUCCUUCAUGUGGCUGUGAAAUAUAGUGAUGAAUUUUAAAAAGUUUUUUUAUUACUUUUCUUUUUCUGUCAGCUUCACCCCUUUUUCCAGAAAAAUAAUACUAGGAAAAGAAGUAGGAGCAUUAUAAGAUUGAAUUUGCUUAAAAGAAAUGUUCAUGCUUUCCACUGUAAGUACUGUCAGUUUGGGAACAUUUUUUCACCAUACACAUAGUGUGGAGUAAAAGGUUAGUACCUGAUACUGUUUUAAUGAUAGCUGAAUGCACAUGUUCUCUGAGUUUCAGGAGAACUAUUUAUUGCUGUUUAAAUACUUGAUACGAUUGUGUGACUUUGCUUUUUGAAAUGGUAAGAAAUUUUAAACAGAUUUGGGAUUUAUAAUCAACACAUACACUUUUUAUUGGAAGGUUUCAGGCAUAGCAUAAUGUGAGUUUGCCACUUCAGAUAUGUCUUGCACAACUAAACUGAAUUAAUAAAUACUCUCCAUAGCCAAAGAAUUUCAGGGCCGCAUAAUGGCAAAGGGCUGAGAGUCUGGAAUUCUGCAGCUAGCAGAGGUGUAAGUGAUAUUUACAGUAAUGAAUUUAUGUGGCAUGCUCCUGUUCUUUCCAUGCAAUGUGCUACUGAGAGCAAGUGAAUUUUAAAGACCUCUUUGUAUUGUACACCACAAUCAAAAAUUCCUUAAAACAAUUUUCAACAUGUGGAUUGUGAAAGUGUGUCUUUAAGUUCUGGUUGGUUUAGCUCUAUUUGCAAAUCUGUAAAGGAAUACUCAUUCUCUGUUAAAAUUCUACUGUUUUGCUUUGGUUACAACACCUACAUAUCUUGGGCUGGAAAUUCUAAGCACGGUGCAUAUAACACUUAUUGGAAAGUGUUUCUGUGCAGCUUACCAUAGCAGUAGUUCCUCAAGACAUCGGUCUGCAGCUCCAGAAGUACUUGAAAAUGUUUCCUGUUAAAAAGAUAAAAGGGAAAUAAUGGGUGUAUGUUGAGAGAAAACCUCUUAGCCCAUUUAGCUCUUUAUUCAUCCAUUCGUACAGAUACAGUGAAGAGGCCAACCUAGUAAACAACCAUAAAGGAAGAACUGUUUAGUCUGAUUGGAAAUUUUACAACUUUUUGUUUUAAAUCAGUCUAUUAGUGAGAAACUAUUAGACAUUAGGAUUAGUCAAAUUCAUUUUGAUAUAGAUAUACUUUGUCUGUUUUCCAGCAGGUAUUCUCAUAGAUGCCACCGCUGACAGUCGACUUCAGCUGUUAGAAGAUUUGUAGAACAAUGUGAUUUAUUACAAGUAUUUUAAUAUAGUGUUUUGAGACACAUUUUUGUUGCAGUAAAAUUCUCAUUCUGACUCAUACUAUCAUUUCAUUUCUAUUUUUCCACAUCUUACAGGAGUGGUUUUAGCAAUACUCCAGCACAGUUAAAACUAGUGUUAAAAAACAAAACAAAAAUGAAUUGUACUUUUUUUCUUUUUCAAGCCAUUGCAGUGUUAGCUGGCUUUGAAACAUGUCAGAGUACUUGGAUUUAUUGGGUUUUUUCUUCAGGUCUUUUCCAUACUUAACUUGUAAUCGUACUAUGAUACCUGCUAUAAAGCUGGCUCAAUGUAUUUUAAAAUACAUAUACAAGUAUUUUCAGAUAAUAAUUCUUAAUCGCUGUGACACUGAAGGGUUUUUUGCCUACAUAAAUAAAUAUGGGAUCAUCUUGUAUCUAAAAGUUAUCAUCCAUCACUUGGCAGAUUCUUUCCAUUUAGGUGUUUGAUUAAUCAGUAGCUCAGCUGUUACCAUAAUAUUCUUCCUCUGCAGAAUGUUUAGUGAAGAGAGGAAACAUUAUAUAUUAUCAGCAUUGCAUUUUGCUACAUGUUCCAUGGUGUCUCAAAGUUCUGUGAAUUGAGCCAUUAACUGUUAAUAAAAGAAACCUGUGAGCAGUACCUUAUUUUUAAAUAAAUAUUUGUCGAAGUCAGAGAAGCAUUAUCAGUAUACUUAUUUUAACACAUUUGUCCCUGCAUUUGUCUUUCUGCAAUUAGGUCAAUAAUGGGUGUAGAAUGGCAGUAAAUAGCUAAAUAAUAUGUAUAGAAUGCUUUGCUUUAACAACACAAAUGCAAGAUGAAAUAAAAUAAAUAGACUCUGUUCUUCAUGGGUUUUGUAUGUUCUUUUCUUUAAACUGCUGUUUUCAAUAGUGUUGUUACUGCAGAGGUGCGUACAAAAGCAUGCUGUUUCUGAAAAUAUAAUUAAGUUUGCUAGUGUCUUGUACCAAGCAGAUGCACAUUAUGCUAAAGCUAUUAUACUACCUUAUAUGUGUGUUUUUACUAGUACUUCUUUUCUAGGUUAUUAUUAUUACCCAGCUGAAAAGGUUACACCACAACAUCAGGAAGUGCCUUAAGAUGUUUGCAGUACUUCUGUUAUCGUAUUCUUCUAAGACAUUUAAAUACAAGUUCUCUCCACUCUUUAAGUAUGUGUAUACUCUGAUAACUGUGACAGGACCUUGUACUUUCUCUUCAAACAGUUCUUCAAAACUCUUCCUCCAAGGAGAACUCACACAACGUUUGUUUUACUUUCCCUCUCCCCACACUCCCAGGGCAGAUUCAGUAAAGGCAUAUCAGAAAUGGGGAUCCUUUCCCUCUUACUCUAAAGUCAAGACACUUCUCAAGUGGACUUUCAUCCUUAGCAGAGUUUUCAAAAGAAGUGGCAUAGUUAGCACACAGCAAUUGCAUAACCAGGUUACCCACAAUAGAGUCCCACACCUAAGGGCAGUGUGUGUGUGUGUGUAAGUCUGAAAAAAUACAGUCAGAAUUAUUUCUUUAUUGACCUGUAGUCUAGCUGUGGAGCUAAUGUAAAAUGUUAAAAGAGAAAAUAGCAUUUUUAAAGGUUGUUACAUGUUUUUGCUUUGAGUUCUCCCUGGAAAAGAUUUUAUUAUGGUCAAGUGGGGUUUUAUCAUAGCUACAGUAUUCAAGAUUGCAAAUUUUUUUUUUUUUUUUUUUUUUUUAAUGACCUGUCUAUACCAGAAAAAGUCUUGGAGGAGGUGCAGCAAUUUCAGCAUGGAUGUUCUGCUUGUCUCAAGUGGAGUUUUUUCACAAAAAAAGAAUAUGUAAAAACUUUACCACCAUAGAUUUAUGUAAGUGAUAUCUACUAUCUACUAAGCUAUAAGAGAGUUUGGCCAGCAAAAGUAUCAAUAAACUCUUUAAUGUAAGUGUGCUUUAUGUUAUUGUGAAAAACUACAAAAGCAACAAAAGUUUCAUGAUUGACUGGUAGUAGAUAACUAGUGGACAUGUUUGGUCUUCCUAUGAUUCUCUUCUCCUCCAGCAAAACAGUGGAGGUAUUUUGACUGUGAUGGUAUAUUGCUUGUAUGUGAAUAUUCAGUCUUUAAGACUGAAAAUCACUGAGAUUCUGUAACCUUGAUCUCCUGCACCUAUGAGAACUGUGGUUAUUAACAGCUCUCAUAGUGUGCUUAAAGGGGGUUGAAUUAGUUUGAAGUAUUCCAUAUAUAGAAAGUUACGAUUUUGGCCUGAUUAGCAUUGCUAUGAUGAAUUAAAGUA